AUGGCAACAAUGGCAACUUCAGUACAAGAGUUUUUGUCAUGGGCGCAAGAAAAUGGUGUAAUGUCUGAUAUCAAUGUUCGAAAGAUUCCAGAUAAAGGUUUAGGUCUUGUCUUAAAACGCCAAGCGGCUCGUGAUAAUUCAAUAGUGGCAUAUAUUCCUUUUCAUCUUUUACUUAACACGACAAAAGUUGGAAAAUAUGCUAAAGAAAAAGCACCUAAACUUGAGGAAACUUUCCAAGCUUUAAUAAAAAAUGGUGAAUCAUUGACCGAACGUAUGGUACUUAUAUGUUUUCUAUUAUAUGAACGUUUCGGCCGCCUUGCAUGCGGAGAAGAACCUUCCUUAUGGAAACCGUAUGUUGAUAUUUUACCGCACACUCUUCAUACUCCAUUGUUUUAUGAUAAAACAUUAAGAGCUUGUCUAGAUGGAACAAGUUUGAAAUCGGCUGUUGACGCAAAAUUUAAUAAACUUCACCGUGAAUAUAAUAAACUUCGUCCUCAUUUUAACCAAUGGUCUACGCAAUCUUCGUCAUCUAAUAAUAAUGUCUCCGAUAAUCUCGACAUUAUUACUCUUGAUCAUUUUGUUUGGGCUGAUGGUGUAUUUUGGUCUAGAGUAUUAUCUUUUGGUAGUCGUCUUGCUUCUGACAAUAAUUUCAUUGGCUCUAUUUCUGAUGACUAUCAUUUAGUACCAUUUCUUGAUUUCGCUAAUCAUUCUUUAAAACCAUACGCUCGUUGGGAACUCACGCCUGAAGGUGUUGAAUUAAUUCUUACAAAAUCUGAUUCUCCUGAACCUAUUCUCCCUGAUACUGAAAUUUGUAUCUCAUAUGGCGAUAAACCUAACUCUGAAUUGCUAUUUAUUCAUGGUUUUACGUUGAUCGAUAAUCCAUGGUCCGCAAUUUCUUUUCCUGUACCUUUCUAUGAAAACGAUGAAUAUGAAGAAGAAAAAUUUAUAUUUAUGCAAUGUCAUGGAAUCAAGCCUUUAGUUUCUCUUACUAGAAAAAAAGGUGGCGCUGAAUUAACUCGUGAAUCUACCAGAGCAAUGUGGAUAAGUGUUUUAACGAAAGAAGAUGGUUUAAAAUUCACAAAUGUAAUCGAUGAUUCUUCACAACCUGUAAAUUUAACAAUUGGUGAUAAAAUUAUUCAUACUCUUGAUGAGUUGGAUAAUACUGUCAAUGAAUUAUCUAUAUUUCCAAUAAUCGAAGGACGAGUUAUCACUCUUAUUUUAGAAAAUGUAGAACAUCUUUUAUCACAUUUUAAACAAACAAACGAAAAAGUUUUGAAAAUGAUGGAAAGUGGCAAAAAUUCUCGUGAGUUAGAGUAUAUUAGAAUAUAUAGAGAAGACGAAUAUAAAUUUUUGGAAUAUGCUGUGGAUGAUUUCACAAGAAAGCGCGAUUCUUUAUUAUCGGACGAAUACAUACUUGAAUAG